CGGCGUCGGGGGCUGCUGACGGCUGACAGCUGAUUACUGAUAAGGAAGACUGGACGUUGCCUGUUUGUUUGCGAGUUCAUUUCAGAAGAAGGCAGAAGACGCUUAACACUCAGCCAUGUCUCAGGUUGUGCUUUCCAGCCGGCGUCCCACCUAUGGGGUCUGCGUGGUGGGAAAUGACACGGAUCUGGACAUCUACAGGUCUGUUCCUUCCGGGGCCGACUCAUUCAAUGUCUGCGGCACCAGUUCCAUAGACGUUACCAUCGUCUACAAUCCGGACAAGGUGGAGGUUCCACAAUCGGGAGGCAACUGGCCCUUAAACAAAGGGGUGAAAGUCAUGCUGUCCUGUACUCGCCCCAGCAAAGAGAUGAAUGACAGCAAGGUAAAAGUCACGUAUUAUGGUCAAAAAGGAAAGUCUUUGCUGGGCAGCUCCUUGGCGUAUUUGACCUGCGUUGAUGUGUCUCUGAACGCAGACGUGCAUCGCACCGGGGCCGUGACGGUGGGGGAGAAGGACAAGGGAUCGUGGACUUGGGGUCCUAACGGAAAGGGAGCCAUUCUACUGGUGAAUUGUGACCGCGACAAAGAAGGCUCGGGUUACACUGACAGCGAGGACGCGGGUCUGCCUAAUGCCGCAGAUAUCAAGGACAUGUCGCAGAUGGUCCUGGUGGCAGAAGGUCCAGAGGAAUUCUUCGACGGUCAUCAAAUCAACCUCCACAUUGAGAGACCUGACUCGAAUAAAUUAAGGGUGUUUUGCAAAGGGAAGUCCACGUACAUACAUGUCUUAGGAGGAGGGAAACUCUCAUACAAGGUGGAACGACGCCAUAGGGACGAAAUACUUUUCUACGUGGAGGGUCUGCAGUUCCCAGACGCCACGUUUUCUGGCCUUGUCUCUGUCAAUCUAUCCUUACAGGAGACAGUAUCUGGGAUGGAAAUCUUUACGGAGAAGUUGGCUUUCAGAAUAGCCCCGUGGAUAAUGACGCCCAACACCCUAAAGCCCCUGGAGGUUUAUGUGUGCAGUACUUUUGAUAACCAGAACUUUGUGAAGCAGAUUAAAGAAUUAACCAGAAAAGCGAGAUGUGAUCUGAACAUCAUCCCUGAGCUGAAAAACCGAGGGGAUCGCUGGAUCCAGGAUGAGAUGGAGUUGGGGUACACGGAGGCUCCACACAAGCGAUUCCCUGUGGUUUUUGACUCACCGAGGAAUCGAGAACUCCAAGAUUUUCCUUUCAAAGACCUCCUGGGUCCUGAUUUUGGAUAUGUGACCAAGGAACCGGAGAACAGCGGUGAGAUAAACAGCUUGGAUUCCUUUGGGAACCUUGAAGUGAGUCCACCGGUGACCGUGAACAGAAAGGAGUACCCGCUGGGAAGGAUCCUGAUCGGGAGCGGCCUGCCGGAUUUGAACAUAAAAAUGAAUAAAGUGGUGCGAGAUUUCCUGGCCGCGCAGAUGGUUCAGGCCCCUGUGGAGCUUUAUUCUUAUUGGCUGACCGUGGGUCACAUUGACGAAUUCAUGAGUUUCGUUCCGGCACCUGAUCAGAAGGGGUUCCGGCUGCUGCUGGCCAGUCCUCGCGCAUGUCUGGCGCUCUUCAGAGAGAAGCAGCAGGAUGGGCAUGGAGACGCGGUCAUGUUUGAGGGUAAGAACAAUGGAGGGUAUCCCACCAUCGACGACAUUCUGUCCGACGACAGCUUGAAAAUGGCGUCCGAGAGCACCCAGCACAGUAUCGACCUGAACAGGAAGAUUUUAAAGAAGGAACUCGGGCUGACAGAAUCCGAUAUCAUCGACAUCCCGAUACUUUACACAGAAGAGUGGGGCACGGCGGACGCCUUCUUCCCGAACAUGGUAAACAUGCUGGUUCUGGGGAAUUACCUCGGAAUCCCUAAGCCGUUCGGACCGGUAAUCGAUGGGAAAUGUUGCUUGGAGGAGCGGGCCCGCUCUCUGCUGGAACCUCUAGGGUUGAAGUGCGUCUUCAUCGACGACUAUGAAUCUUAUCACCUGAACUUGGGAGAAGUUCACUGUGGAACCAACGUGCUGAGGAAGCAGUUCCCUGCGAAGUGGUGGGAAUGUAGCCCCUAACGCACAGAUGCUUGGCCUUUAACGGAAGGCUAAGGCUCCGAAAUGCACUAUUUGCCAGCAUGCCGCAGAAAGCCAUCUCCAUACGCGAUCCGGCAGCCAACAACCCGUAACGCGGCCGGAGGGCAGAAUCUCCCCGCGGAAACCAUAAAAAGCCAUUCUGGGGCAAAGCUCGGCAAGUGCUUUCCCAACGGAAGGGACAGUCACUUACAAUUAAAUAAAAUGUAAUGCCGGUGCAGUCACUACGGCAACCAAUGGAAUGGCCCUGCUGGCUGCUCCAGUCUUUACUUCUUUGCACCAAAGUCGAUGAGCCGCUUUAUUUUAUUGUGUAAAACUAAUUCUAGAUGCUGUGAAACUUGAAGAAUAUGAACAUCUGUGAUCACAAUAAGAAUGUUUGCAGUAUUCUGACAUUGUUAAUGUAUACUGACCGUCUGUAAAUGCUGUGAAGCGAAA